GAGCGAUGAACCAGCUCGUCAUCACAUCAUCAGAGAGAACCCAGGACUAUAGCACCUAUCUCAACCUCGGCCUCAACUUCGACGACAUCAUCAACAGACAUGGCUAAGUUUUUAAGUGCAGUUCUUAUGUUGGUCUCUUCAGCCCAGCUGUCUCUCUCGGCUAAGGUGCCGGCACAGCAAGCACGUGUUCUAAGCACUCAAUCAAACCCAGGGUUUUGUAAGGGUCUGGAGUGUCCGGAGUUCACCACUGUCCAUUCAGCUGAGGGAUACGAGGAACGCCAGUACAGCGAAUCAAAAUGGGUUAGCACUGAAAUUAUGAGUAUGGAUUACGAAUCCGCGAAAAGCCAAGGAUUCGAUCGUCUUUUCAACUACAUCGACGGACACAAUGACCAGAAGCAAAAGAUUGCCAUGACUGCACCAGUUGCUACCCGUGUCAUCCCGGGCCAGGGCCCCGCUUGUGAGAGCAACUUCACCGUAUCAUUCUUCAUCCCGGCGGCACACAGCGCCAACCCACCCAUUCCAAGCGAUUCUGAUGUCUUCUUCAGUACUCUCCCAGCCCAUCGUGCAUACGUCAAAUCUUUUGGUGGUUUCGCUUCCCAGAACGACUGGAUCCAGGCCGGUACAGAAUUGGGACAGGCUUUGGAAGCCGCUUCUAAAACAUACGAUAGUUCUUACUUUUACACUGCCGGUUAUGACGGCCCUUACACAAUCUUCAAUCGACGCAACGAGGUCUGGUUCACUGCCAACUAAAGACUAAUUACAGCUAGAAAAAAAUCCCGGGAGCCUGUUUUACUAAAGUUGUUACUAUAACACAUUUCCAAAUGAGUACUGCAAUCAUAUCAUUUGAUUGACUACUAAUACACUUGUUAAUGAUUUUGCUAUUAUUACAAGUCUAUAAGAAACGGGAUCCCCAUCUGAUAUAAAUUAAGUGUUUUUAUAUUUGUACAUUAUUUCCGUUGAUAUUGAUUACUUCAUCAAGUCAUAAAACAGCAUGAAUAUAAUAUCUUGUAAAUAGAAUUAUUUAAUAAAUUUAUGCGAAAAAACA